ACGUGCAUCACACAAUGGCACAGACGGACAGUGGCAGAAUGAGUCAGUACAAGUCCAGAAUCAUCAGAGUCGGACAGAGACACGGAGUCGACCCGGCUCUCAUUGCUGCCAUCAUCUCGAGAGAGUCCAGGGCCGGAAAUGCACUGAAAGACGGCAGGGGAGACUGGAACCCACAGAGAAAUGCGCAUAACGCCUGGGGACUGAUGCAGGUUGAUGUUAAUCCUAAUGGAGGUGACACUGCUGUAGGUGGAUGGGAUAUGAGGGAACACAACCAAGGCACUGGGAUCUUGGUUGACGGAUGGACCUAAUCAGCUUAAAAGUUUCCUGGUUGGGCAGAGGAGCAGAAGCUGAAAGGAGGGAUAGCAGCCUACAAACUAGAUAGGAGUGUGCAUUCCUAUAAUGAAGUGGAUGAACACACAACAGGUGGAGACUACUCCAAUGACCUCACAGCCAGAGCUCAGUGGUACAAAGACCAUGGGUACUGA